CCCAUCCCCUAAUCCUAGCCUCCACAACGCGAGGGGACACGGCGGCGCGGCACGCCGGCACUGCGGCGGGCAGCCGGCGGCUGGGGGUAGGAGUGCGCGCGCCGGCGCGGGGGUGGCCGAGGCGCGGCUUCGGCGCGAGCAGGGACUGUCGGCCGGCGAGGCGGCGAGGGCGCGGCCGCGCGCGCGGGGCCCGUCGGCCAUCGAAACGACACCGCCCCUGACGCUGAUCUCCUCCGCCGCCGGGAUCGGAGGUUUUCUUUUUCCUCCUCCGUUCUCCCGGGCGCUCGCCCUCAUGUCAGGGUGGCUGUAGCCGUAGGGUUGGCUUCUCAGGCGACAUUGUCGAUCUGGUCCACGAGCCGAGCGGCCGGGGAGUAUCGGGUGGGGGCGCGAGGUCACCGGCGGCGGCGGCGGGAGAGAACGCCGUCGCGACCCAACACCGGCGACGGCGAGUCGGAGGCGCCGCCGCGCCGGGACCCAACGUCGUGGGGUCUCUCAACAGUGGGCCUUGUUGGGCUUCACGAGAGCCGGGCUUUGGGCCGCGUUGCAUCUUGUGGGCUUCAUCGAGUCGUCUUUGUCUCUCUCUUCGCUCGUUGCAAAUCGAGGGUUUCUCGAGGGAGAGCAGCAGAGUGACACCCAUGGCGACACCGGCGGCGGCGGCGGCGAAGGAGGUGGACAAGAAGGUGCAGCUCAUGAAAGAGAUUAGGGCGCACGAGGUGGCGAUCGGCGAGCUCAACAACCUGCCUCCCUCCCGGGCGGUGUACCAGAAGACCUGCAACCUCUUCUUCCGCAAGAGCGUCAAAUCUGCGGUCACGUCUGAGCAGAAGCAACUGGACAUGGCGAAAUCUCGAUUGCAGAAGCUUGAUCAAGCCUGAAGCAUCACCGCAACCAUUGAACUCCUGAACAUGAACUGCUCUGCUGAAUCAUAUUUACAUGCAGAUUUGCUUAUUGUUCCUAUGCUAAGACCUUGUUGUAAUGUGAUUCCGGUCAGCUUUAUUUGGGAUGACAUCACAUGGGCAUGUUUGGUUCUGCUAAGCUAGAGAUUAAAUCCCCUCAAAAAAAAAAAAGGCUAGACUGCUAGGGCUAAGGUAGGGUUAUUUUUAGUAGCUUUCCUUGUAAACACAUCACUGCUUCAUCGCUAGCUUGUCAGCACAAAGUGAAUUUCUCUGAUGAAAAUAGAAGAUGUAUUGCAAACAGGAAUGUGCUCGUGCUGUGCUUUGAAAGUCAUGAAACUCGAAAGGAUCCCAUUGAUGUUUGGUUGCUUGUA